GAUGUUCCUGAUUGGGUCAGUGGCAUCAUAUUCAUCCUGGCCGGAAUUCCGUGCCUCUGUGUUCCUGGAGUGGCUCUAUGUUAUCCAUUAAACAAGUGAGGAAUAUUCUCCCAGAAACGCUCAGACCUUAUUGGUCCGUUCUCCAAAAUCAAUAAAAGCUGCAGAUCACAACUGAUCUCAUUUUGACUGUUUCCGUGAGAGUCACUGAGCUCAAGAAGAGGAACCAUACAGGAAAUACGUACAGUAAUGGAGGAUAGAGCAGCUCAGGAAGAAAACAAAAAAGAGAGGCCGAAAUGGGACAACAAAAUCCAGUAUCUGCUCACGUGUAUCGGAUUUGCGGUGGGACUUGGAAAUGUGUGGAGAUUCCCUUAUCUGUGCCAGAUUUACGGAGGAGGUGCAUUUCUAAUCCCAUAUCUGAUUGCACUGGUGUUUGAGGGUUUACCUCUGCUGUAUCUGGAGCUUGCAAUUGGACAGAGUCUCCGCAAGGGAAGCAUUGGAGUGUGGAACUCAAUCUCACCCUACCUGGGUGGAGUCGGUGUGGCGUCAAUGAUGGUCUCGUUCCUUGUAGGAAUGUUCUAUAACACCAUCUUGGCCUGGGUUCUGUGGUACUUGUUUAAUUCCUUCCAGGACCCAUUGCCAUGGUCACAGUGUCCUCUGAGUAAAAACCAGACAGAGUAUGUGGCGGAGUGUGUUGAGGGGACGCCGGUGAAUUAUUACUGGUAUCGUGAGACGUUGAACAUCACGCCAGACAUCGAGUCGAAUGGCUCGCUGCAGUGGUGGAUGGUGGUGUGUGUUGCUACCGCAUGGGCCAUCGUCUACAUCUGCUUCAUCCGCGGCAUCGAGACCAUCGGCAAGGCGGUGUAUGUAACAGCUACAUUUCCUUACGUGGUGUUAACAAUUUUCCUUAUACGAGCUCUCACACUUCCUGGAGCCACUGAAGGACUACAGUACCUUUUCACACCAGAUUGGCAGGUCCUGUUAAACCCUCAGGUCUGGUUGGAUGCUGCCACUCAGAUCUUCUUCUCUUUGUCUCUGGCAUUUGGAGGUCUCAUCGCCUUCUCCAGCUACAACCCUAAGGAGAAUAACUGUGAGCGAGACGCUGUGUUAGUGGGCUGCAUUAACAGUGCCACGUCGCUCUACGCCUCCAUUCCUAUUUUCUCCAUUUUGGGAUUCAAGGCUACGACAAACAACAACAACUGCAUCCAGAGUAACAUCCUCAAACUGACCAACGAGUUCAGCUUCUCUGAUCAGAACAUCACACUGGAUAACUACGACAACUGGCUGAUCUACUUAAACAGCUCAUACCCUGAUCGAGUGGAUAGUCUGAAGCUGAGACAUUGUGAUCUGCAGAGGUUCCUGGAUCAGAGUGCAUCAGGAACGGGUCUGGCCUUCAUCGUGUUUACAGAGGCGGUGACCGAGAUGCCCGCGUCUCAAGUGUGGGCCGUGCUCUUCUUCGUCAUGCUCUUCAGCCUCGGCCUGUCCUCCAUGUUCGGCAAUCUGGAGGGUGUCCUCACACCUCUACUCGACCUGAACAUGGUGCCGAAGUGGAUGCCCAAAGAACUCUUCACUGCUUUAAUCUGUCUGGUGUGUUUCCUGGUGUCUCUGAUCUUCACCAUGGGCUCAGGAAAUUACUGGUUGGAGAUAUUUAACAGUUACGUCGGCUCCGUCCCGCUCCUCAUCAUCGCCUUCUUUGAAAUCAUUGCUGUCAUCGUUGUCUACGGAAUGGGACGGUUCAGCGAGGAUAUCGAGUUCAUGACAGGACGAAAGCCGAAUAUAUUCUGGCGUGUUUGCUGGAUGGGGAUCAGCCCUGUGUUGCUGGUGGUGGUGCUGGUGGCAUACGUCGUCGUGCAGGUGCAGGUGCACCCCGAAUACCCCACCUGGAACCCACAAUACUCCGAGUUCCCUGAUGCGGAGGUGAAGCCGUAUCCCGAUUGGGUGUUUGCGAUCUGCGUGCUCCUCUCGGCUCUGCCAGUGAUGCCCAUCCCCAUCGUAGCGCUGUAUCACCUCAUCAGACGCCUCACACACACUGACACACACACACACUCUCUCUCACACACACAACCCCAGAACCCCUACAGCAACGCCGCCUAUGUCCCUGAUCAAUAGACUAACAAUAACAUCAUAUUACGCUCUUAAUGAAUAUAAACAGAAUAAACUGUAGGUGUUUUUAAAGCUGUCGUUUUUGUUAUUGUGUGAGGCUACGUUAGCUAGCUAGCUGUUAGUGCUGGUAUAACAAAGCCAAACCCCAAAUGACGAACAGUCUGCAGUCCUUUAAAAUGGUGACAUGGAGAAAAUAAACAUGGAGAAACGAAUGAACUUAAUAAUGUUCGGAAAUGAUCAUGACUGAAUAAUUAGCUAACACAUGCUAGCAUAUUAGCUUCUCUUAUUACCUCAGACUGUUUUAUAUAUUUAAAUCAUGUACAUGUUUCACGUUGCCGACUUGUCCUCAGUGUGUUUCCUGAUAUUUUAAAUAAAUAAAUGAAACGAAAGCCA